UAAAAUUCAUGCUUACGCUAGCACGACUCUGUUUAUCGAGGUUAUGUUUUGUUUUAUUUUACGCUGACCAAUAAGAAAGUUAAUCAUGAGUUGUAUAAAAUUUCCCAGUUCAAGAAAUGAUUUGUCGAAAAUGUCAAGUAAAGAAUAUGCCAACGACCACGGUGCCUUGUAUUCGCAAUUAAUUCAAAUAGCCAAUGAAAUGUUUGGUCUAGAUAAUUGGAGUCAUGCAAUUACGAAUCAAACUCUUGAUUUUAUCGAUUACAAUACAGGCAAAUAUCAGGUAGGUUGUGCUUCCAUUGUUAGAGUCCAAAGGAGGGAUGGAACUUUUCACGAAGGUAUUGGAUAUUGUAAUAUCGAAGGGUCUUCUAAGGGAUCGGCUAUUCAAAAAUCCAGAAUGAUUUCCUUAAAUGAUGCUUUUAAAAAGGCAUUGAAUUGCUUUGGCACUGAGAUUAAAAUUAAAAUCAGCAGAUUAUCUAAUGGAUCCAGCUGCUCCUUACCAACAAAAAAUACACAAAACGAAUCCCCCCAUAAUAAAGCCAAUAAUUUGACUGACACAGAUAAUAUUGAGCCAUUUAAAGAGACUGUUCAAAUAUCCCAGACCGAUGCAAUGAUGGAUAUGGUUGAUUUAGAUCAAUUAUACAAUAAAGAUAAAAAAUCAGACGCCAUUAUCGUUUAUUCUAAAAAUGUAAAGAUAGAUACAUUAAAGCCAUCUACAGAUGGUGCACCAAAAAAUACGGAUAUCAAUAAUGUCAAUAAAGUUGAGACUGAAGCUGUGAUUGGCCUCUCCGAAAUAUUAUUCAAUACUUACAUUAUAAUAAUUCCAGUUGAUGCGCAAUUUAUCAAUAAUAACAAGUUAAACAUAGCGAAUGAUGUGAAAAAAGAGACUAAAGAUGAAGUGCCUAAAACUAAUGGAUCGACCGCAAUUUCAGAUGAAGAGAUGAGAUUAGAAAGAAAACGCAAGCAAAGAGAAUUACAGGAAGAAUUUAAAAGAAAGGAAGAAUUGAAAAAGAAGCUGAAAAACACACAUAAACAGCCAUCGAAUCCUAGAUAUUAAUAUUUACGCACAAUCUCUUGUUCAU